AUGGCCACAACACGAAUCCCGUAUAUCGGUCACAUCCUUGGACUUGGACGUCGAAAAUUCAACUACUAUGUUGAUCUGAGCCAGAAAACACGUCUCCCAAUCCUUACAAUACGUGUUCCGGGCGCCAAAAUGUACAUUGAAAGCGAGGGAUGUAUGGCAAUUAAUGUUAAUGGAGAUGAAGGCGAUUGGGGUUUGAAUAUGGAGGCGACGCAUGUCAUGAAGAAGGCGACAGCGCCGGGACCAGGCUUGGAUGGCAUGAAUAGGGUCAUGGUUGGGAUUGUUGCGGAGAGCUUGGAUGGAUUGAUUGGCGAGGGAAAGGAGAGUGUGGAAAUUGGACUUCAUGCGUGGCUGAGAGCUUUAAUUACUAUGGCGACGACGGAAUCGGUUUAUGGACCGAGAAAUCCUUACAGGGAUGUGGAGGUUCAGGAUAGCUUUUGGGAGUUGGAGAGUCAGAUGGGUGUUGCAGCACGCAGAAGAGUCACAAAAGCUUUCGAAUCAUAUUACGCAGGAAGUGAUUUCAAGGAUGCUUCUGUGCUUGCGCAAGCUCGUCUAGAGGUUAAUGUCAAGCAUGGCGUUCCAGUGAAAGAUAUUGCUAGAUAUGAAACUGUUAUCGGAGUUGCUAUUAUUGUCAAUACUGCACCUGCGUUGUUCUGGUUAAUAUUUUUCAUUUUUUCGAACCUCAAGCUCCUGGGAGAAAUACGCAGUGAAAUUGAGGCAAUUGUGGAAACAAGCUGUAAUGAGGAUGGAAGUCUGACACGAAGUCUCGAUAUCACGAACGUGAAGACAAAAUGCCAUCUUCUACUAUCGACUUUUCAGGAAACUCUGCGUCAUCGAUCUGCCGGGACUUCUGUCCGGAUAGUCAUGGAAGAUACUAUGCUAGACAACAAAUGGCUAUUGAAGAAGAACUCCAUCAUUCAAAUGCCCGGUCGUGUUAUCCAUAUGGAUCCCAAAAUCUGGGGACCAGACGUUGCAGACUUCAAUCCUCGACGAUUUCUCAAAGACAAAGAUAUCAAACGUCCCAACCCAGCUGCAUUUCGUACAUUUGGUGGCGGCACCACUUUAUGUCCCGGUCGUCACUUUGCUACGAAUGAAAUACUGGCUGUCGUUUCGAUGUUUGUGAUGCGGUUUGAUAUGAGGCCAGUUGAAAGAGAAUGGAAAUUGCCAAAAUCUGAUAAUACAAAUGUGACUACUGUGAUAAUGGAACCGGAUACAGAUAUCGAUGUAGUAGUAUCUCAGAGGAAAGAGGUUGGGGAUGGGAAGUGGACGUUUAAGUUUGUCGGACUCUAA